AUGCCCAUCAUAGUUUCCACAGAAAAGACAAACACGGUUUUACCUUCCCAGUUCAAGUAUUCAUACGUGCAUUGGUUAGGAAAUCUGCUUGGAGUUUUUGCAUAUAAAGAGUUUGGAUUUCUUAAAUACUUUGCGGCUGGCACAGAAGAAGGGCCUAUUGUGAUAUUUGGCGAUACUGGAAAAGAAUUGCACCAAGUUGCAUUGCUUUGCGGUCACACAAGAACAAUUACAGGAAUAACAACGUCUUUACAUCCAGAUACUUUCACAUCUGUGUCGUACGAUGGUGUUAUAUGUGGUUGGUCAAUGUGUGACGGUAUAUGUCUUUACUCAUUUCAAGCAAAUGUAAAACCCGGAUAUCUCAAAGCAAUUAAUUCGACGACAAAUGUAGAUUUACUUUAUUUAUGGAGUUUAGGUGGUAGUUUUUAUACUCUAAAUGUAAAAACUGGCGAAACGCAAAUGAUUGUUCAAUCUUUCGGAAUCACAUCAUUAUAUCCUACUUUAGGUGAAACAGUUUUAUACACUACAUAUAAUUCCAUAUGUUCUUAUAAUAUAAAUACCAAAGAAAAGAUCACAAAAAGAUUUGAGCCAUCUCUUGACAAAAGACAAUGGGCUUGUGAAAAUGGCUACGUGUCAAUUAAAGGUAAUCGAAUAAGGAUAUAUAAUACGUCAUACAUCUUCAUGUUUUCCAUUACGGUCAACGAAUUACAAGAAAAUGAGCCGAUUUUAAAAGUCUACUGGCGCUCGCUAAAAACGAUACAGAUCAUAACUUACUUAGGAACGCAGAUUAUUAUAAAGUUAAACGCUCAAGAUGCAGAAUAUUCGAUUACUAAGACUCCAUCACCGCAUUACUUUACGGCAGUAUCAUUUACUAACAGAGAACAAUUUCUAGGAGUUGUUUGUGAUAAUUCUAUUUACGUUCAAGACCAAAAUGGCGAAAGAAUUUUUGUUGGCGACAAUAACAACAGAAACUAUCAUCUUUCUUCCGGAGAUUAUCAGCAUUACUACGCAUCAGAUCAUACGAACUACAUUACUUACUAUAAACUGAAUGAUGCGAAAUCAAGAUAUAAUCAUGAACAUUCAAGAGUUACUUGCUUGUAUUCCAUACAGUACAGAAAUACAGAAUACUUAAUUACGGGUUCAAUUAACGGAACUGUCACAGUUUACACUAAAAAUUCCGAAGAACCUUUAUUUCAAUACCCAGCGUUAUCUUGUCCUGUCAUUGGCCUUGUUCAAACGCCUUUCGUAAUAAACGGAAGCCCCAGAAUCCUAGCGAUUGCAGAAGAUGGCUCAUCUUGCCUUUUCAACAUGUCAGAUAUCAGAAUACACUAUCUAGGUAAUCAUUUCAGACCUCGUAAUGUAUAUGUCUACGAAUCAAUGGGUCUUCUUUUCUUCCAAUAUCAAGGUGGAAAUAUUUUAAUGUACAAUCUUGAUACUCCCGAUGCUGUCGCAGUCCUUUCGGUCGUCCCACCUAAAGCCAAGCUGAUUUGGUCGUAUUCCAUCAGAAAAAUCGAUCAAUCUCUUACAUCUGUUGGAACAGUGACGAUUGGAGGCAAAGGAAUCGCUUUUGAUACUCACAACUUCAGUGAAUUGAAGUCAUUAAGCUCUGAUGAUGAAUUAUUCAAAAACGAUUGCCUCAAAUUCAUCAAAUUAUGCGAUGAAACAUCAAAAUCUUUUGAUGACCAACUUGUUUUUAUCGGUGCCGACCAAAAUCCAACAUUUUAUUACAAGAAUUUCGCAAUUCGAGGAGAAAUCCUUUAUAUGGCAUCUCCAUACGUGAUCGUCAAUCACUGGGUUGUUUGUAACAUGAUUUCUACUAUAUGUGGAGUCAAUAAAGCCAACCAAAACCGAAAAUUAUGCGUAGAAUGUCUUCCUAUGCUUUUGGAGAUGCUUUUCUAUGAGCAUCCCAUCAUCCAAAAUAUUGUUUCCCCAUUAAUUACAAGUAUUACCCAGAUAAUCCAAUCAAUGGACUGCCAACAGAUGAUUUCGACUUUUAUCAGUGAAGAAAGCAUUGACAAACUCUCCAAUAGCAAUAAGUUCUUGACAGCAAUCACUAUAUGUGUAAAUGAGAACUUAGUUCCAACGUAUUGGGUCAAACCUUUGUAUAAUUUCCUGAAAAACUCUACUACUGCGACCAAUGACGUUUCCCAUGUAGCUCUUAAUAUCCUAGCUCAUGGAAUAAAGGCAUGGAUGAAAGAAAACCCUCAUGUUGAAGUUUAUCAGUUCCUUAUUAACUCUUUGGAACGAUAUAACACCAGUUCCUAUCUGACAACUCUUUCGAAAUCAGCUCAUGAAGACUACCCAUCAUUCUUGCAAGCGUUCAAAACGUAUUUCUUCUCAAAAAUGGAAGAUGAACCUGCAAAAAUGGUCGCUGUUAAUCUUCUAACCAACUCAAUGCUUGACAACAAUCUAGCUUAUCUUGCAACAAUCACUUUAUCGCGUUUAAUUGUUGAUUUUGGCCUAAAUGAUAUGAAAUCACAUCUAGAACUGCAUAAAAGCAUCAUGAAAGCGAUAGAUUAUAACGAUAAUUAUAUCAUUAUAGGUACUUAUGAAGGAGAUAUUAUAGGAUUCAGCAAAAAUAAGCAACUUUUCGAAAUUCCAUUAUUUAAGAAUCCGAUUUCUUAUGUUUCAUUAUCUCCUUCAGGUGACAUUUGCGUUGUUGCCUGCAGCAAAUCGAAAGAUUACAUUGCUUUGAGUAUUGGAGGCGGUGUAAAAGGUGGAAUCUUUAAAGACAAGCAUAAGUUGCUUAAAGCUGGUAAAAUUUCAGGUGAAGGACAGAAUGUGAAAGUAUCAUGGAAAGAAAAUAAUUUAUUUGAUAUAGAAUUUGUAUAA